AUGUUGGAAUACUUUUCUUACAAAAAGUUCAAAAAGAACAAGGAAGAAAAGGAUGUAAAGGAAGCCAAGAAAGACGAUGGCAUAGCAGAAGCAGAUGGGAACAAGCCCUUUGCAAAGAAUGAGGAGGCCAAGACAGACGAGAACCACGACUCAUCGACCUCAGAGCCUCAUACUGACCAGGCCGUCCUGAAGCCUGAAGACGAGCGCUUCCUCGAGGAACUCCUCGCGCAGGACACCGAUGGCUCUCCGCCGCCGCUGCCCCCGCGCAUCUACACCUACGAUGUAGAUUGGCACUCUGGCGACGAAGCCUCCAUCGCCGAGUCAAAGAAGACCACUGAUGAUGAGAAAGAGGACGCUGGAAAAACCGCCAAAAAGGAAGACGAGUCUGCGAAACCCGCCGAGAAAACAGACAAGGCAAAGGACAAGGAAAAGGAAAAGGUAGAGAAGAAGCCCAACAGACUGUCGCUUCUUUUCACACGAGGUAAAAAGCUUGCGGGAAUGGAAACCCCAAAUUCCAGCGACUCCCUCAAGCCAGACACUGAAGACGUCCCUCCUAAAGAAGCCGAGCGCGAGAAGAAGGACCUCACCCGUGUCCUUGACCGCCUCAGCCUCUCCGCCCAAAAUAACAAAGUCGUCUCCGAGUCCAAAGACUCGUCCGAUCUCCUCCAGCGAUUCACACAGGUCUUCAAGGACCUCGUCAACGGCGUGCCCACCGCCUACGACGACCUCACCAAGCUGAUCGAGGACCGCGACGGCUCCAUCAACAAGCUUUUUGAGAAGCUGCCCGGGUCGCUCAAGAGGCUUGUCACGCAGCUUCCCGAUAAGCUGACCACUACGCUGGCUCCCGAACUUUUGGCUGCUGCGGCGGAGAGCCAGGGCAUCAAGGUCGUUGAGGGCGGCAUGAAGGGGACGGCGAAGAGGAUGCUCAUGGGGCAGAAUCUGGCCGACUUGGUGAAGAAGCCAGGCGUCAUUGUUAGUAUGCUGAAGGCAAUUGUGGAGGUCCUCAAGUCGAGAUGGCCGGCGUUUAUCGGCAUGAACGUCAUUUGGAGUGUUGCGCUAAGCUUGCUGCUUGUUGUGCUCUGGUACUGCUACAAGCGCGGUCGCGAGGAACGAAUGCUUCGUGAAACCGAAGAAUCUGAAGCUGGACCUAGCAUUGAGGCCGAUAGUCAUCGAUUUGAGGAGCUCUCGGACGACUCUAACGGCGAAGAAUCCGGACAGAAACAUUCAGAGGCCGCAGAGGCCGCAGAGGUCAUACCAGUAAUCGUCACGUCUCCGGGUGGGCAACAAAGAGCAUCACCGGCGCCGGAAGGAGCUUCGACGCCAGCAAUGCCGCGGCUAGAUGCUUCUGAAGAGCAGAAUCGCUCUUGA